GGAAAAAAAAGAGUAGAAAACGGAAGGCUUGUCGUUUCAGCUUGAUUAAUAAUCUGUUUUUCUCUCUGAGCACGAUGCAGCUUUAUGGAGCUCUGAUCCUGUUUGCGACUCUGUCUACAGCAUGUGGAUUAAGAUGCUACACGUGCACUGCUGCUGACCCCAAAUCCUGCACAGACACCAAAUCUUGUUCUGUCAUCUUCAACCGUUGUUUCUCUCUCAGAGUAGAUGUUGCAGGUUAUGACAUGGUUACCAAGGGCUGCCAAACCAGCAUGGCAUGUGGAGGUGCCAUGGCUUGCUGUGAAGGGAACUUGUGUAACAGUGCCACAUCCAGUGUCCCCAGUGUCAUCCUCCUGCUGGUUUCUACAGCCAUCAUGGCACACUUUCUCUGAGACUCUGAAAGAGCAUACCGCUUAGAACACUUUGCUAUUUCUAUGCUGCUUUUCUUCUGACUCAAUUUGUACAACUGCAGAAAAAAUAAACAACUUUUCAAUACAAAGCUUUGAAUUAAUAGCUUAUAAUGCACCUGCAAUAUGUCUGACCACUAAACUUUUAUUCCUUGUGAUACUUAUUGCAAACAGUAGCUUUGUUAUGAAAUCCUAGCUGACAGAUGAGUGAUUAAAUGUGACAAAUGUGCAUAUUAAUGAGCAAAUUGAUAAAUGAUGUCUUUUUGUUUAAUCUGAGGAUUUUCAAGGCACUACAGCAGACAUGAUCGGUGUGUCUCAGAGCCAGCUGCUGGCUUAGGCACUACCUUAAGAUAAUGCUGGUGGCAUAAGGGGACUGUAUGAAGAGAGUAAGAAACAUAAGGACACAUGCAAAUUAUGGAGACAGAUUCCAAGCUCCCAGGGGCAUGAUUUGUUUAGAGGCUGACUUGUACUUGAAGAAUAACUCAACACCAGACUGAGAAGCAGUGUUUUACAGCCUCUGUGGUUUGAAGUUUCUAAUCUGUUUUUGGUGCUGGUCAGAUUUCUACAUCAUUGCAGCAAGAUGAGAUGUUAAACCACUGGAGGUCAGAAAAAUAGGAUUUUCUGUAGGUGUUAAGUUGCUCCUCAAGAAAUAUAUUGUCUGUAGUAGCUGUGAUCUGUACCUGCAUGUGGAUGACAAUGUUAUUCAUGCACAGUGCCUUGUAUGUCAAUCCUGCACAGUACCACAGUAUUGCUGAAAACUGCCAAUUUACAUAGUUUUUCUUCCACAUCAGAAGUUUUAUAGCUAAAAGGAAAUAGGGGUCUUUAAAAAGUUAAAACAAAAAGAUCUGUUUAAACUGAUUACUAUUUUAUCUUUUUUGUGGAAAUCAGUAUCAUGAUGAUCCUUAGAUCUGAAGUACUGUAUAUGAAAGUGUGUGUGAAUGUAUUUGUGUUUCUGUGCAGCAUAGGAUGCUACACAUCUGCCAUCAGCCAUCGUCACACUCUUUCUUUAAAGCUCUUGAACAGCUACAGCAUAAAAUAUAUUGUUAUUUCUACCCUGCAUUUUUUUUCUUACCCAAUUUGUGCAGCUCAGGAAGAAUAAAUAAUUUUUAAAAAAGCUUUGAAUUUAAUUGAACAUUCAAUUGUUUUAUUCCUUAUGAACUGCAUUUACCAUCAGUGUUUUACAGAAAAUAAUAACGUGCAUGAUAAAACAGGAA